AAAAUUAUUGUUAUUAUUUACAAUUUCAAAGACAAAUGAAUAGUUAGUGCAUAGAGAUCAAGUUUUCUCAACAUAAUAUCUCCAAGCUUAGAAUUCUUAUUGGUUAACACAUAACAAAAGGUAGAGAAAUAGUACAUUUUGUGAAGUAACAGAAUAUCCCAACUCCAGCAUGUCGGAUAUGGAGAAAGAUGUGACGAGCGAGGAAGGCUCCACUGAACCCAGGGAAACCAUUUGGUACACCAUUGGAGAGCUUGUGGAAAUGGUCGUGUGUCCAGGUUGUGGAAUAUCUAUGGUGUCGUUCAAAAACCGCUUCGCCCACGUCAAGAAGUGCUUUAGCAUCAAGAGACGAGGUCCUUUGUACAGGAUUCACGGAUAUGCGGAGUGCAAGUGCGGUUUCCUUAUAGCGGACACGGAAAAAGCUCGAAAACUGCAUUGUUGUUCGGGAAAACUUCGUCCCUGCAAGCCAUUCAUACCAGCUGAAGCAAAACCCCCCGCGAUAGAACCUGCUGAAGACGUUCAACCAUCAAAAAGGGAACAGGCUUUGCAGCCGUUGAUACGCAAUUUUAUAAGCCCCAUCAAACAGCAUGAGUUUCCAUGUUUGGAUAUUUCAUAUUCCAGUAAAUCUAAUCCUAAGCCAACGUCGAGGCCACGGGUCCGUAACUUCGAUAGGCCACCCAGAAGUCAAGCUCCAAAGGAAGUCUGCGUAUACUCCAUAAUUCGGAGGAAUGGGACUAUCUCAGUGACCGGAAGAUCCAUCGUUAGGUACCGGGGAGGCAACGAAAACCUUGCCAUACUUAAAAGGCGAGAAGUUAGACUGCCUAUAAAAAGUAAAAAUGAAAAACGUAUAACAUAAUAAUGCAUAAGUAACUUAAGCUGUAGGUAAGUCUUUAUUGUUAAAAAAGUAAAUUUAGUAUGUAUUUAUGUAUUCAUGUAUUUAUUAAGUCUCAAGUAGUUAUACAUUUGCCUUCAUUAAACCUUA